GUGGCACUUGGGAGUCUCGCCCUGGGAAGGAGACGGGUCCGUAGUCUCCGGUCGCAGAUCCGUGGACCCUCUUCGCAGACGCCUCGUGGAGCCUCAGGAUUGCCUUGGAUGGUGGCCUGCAUCUGACUGUCCCAUCAGCUCUUCUCAGCUCUCCUGAGGCCACAGCUGUCAGCUCCUCUGACCCUCAGCACUUGCCUGGAACAUCUGGGUUUGCCAGACACCUCUUCAGCCCUUCUCUGUCCUGCUGUGUCCUGCCCACCCUCCCGCUGCACCAUCUCUUCCUUUCUUCCCCCUUCCUCUUCUAGUUGGUGUGGCAGCUCCCCUCUGCUCCCAGCAUGCCCUGUUGCUGGCGCCAUCGGCACGGCCUUUGCAAUCCCAUCCCAGCAGCAGCCAGUUAUGCCAACACACACCCUUGGCAGCAGAUGGACCAGGUCUCUCUUGGGGUCACAUAUGCCCUCCUAGUGGAUCCCUGGAUUGAGCGGCCCUGCUGUGGGGACCCCGUAUGCGUGCAUACGACCAUGGAGCAGAAGAGCACAGCCAGCAGUGCUCCUGGUGGUAAGCCCACAGAAAGGGGACCCCUGGCUCUGUGCAUGCCCAGCCCAUGGCCCCUCAGCAUGGACUUCUACUAGGUGCCAAGCUUGGACCCAGGCACCUUUGAUGACUCCCCAUGGCUUGUGGACCGAUUUUGGGCUCAGUUGGGUGAUUACAUGUCGUUUUGCUUUGAGAACUGUCAGGACAAUCUCAGUCACGUCUGUGAGAUCCUUGGGCACCCGACCGGCCAAGCCCGGGCAUGAGCACCCCCCUACCUCGUCGGGGACCUGCCCCUUCCUGACGAUUAUGAGCUCUUCUGCCAGGAUCUCGAGGAUGUCAUUCAAGACCUGAACAGUUUUGCUGAGUACCAUGCUGCAGCGCCUUGCCCCCUGGCCCCUGCCUCAAGCCAGUCACCAGUGGCCCCGCAGCUGCCUGUGGUGAGGCAGUACUUAGCUAGGUAUUCGGAGGUCCUGGCAUUCAACGUGGGUGCUGUCCCAGUUGCUGUGGCCACCUUUGCUGUUUAUACUUCCAACUCUACAUCCAGAAAUGGUCUCCCUGAGUAGCAGCUGGCCAAGGAGAGCAGCCUUGGGUCUGUGGAGUCCCUCACCUUGUCUAGUUCCGCAUGCAGGGCUGAUGCUGGUCCUGUGAGGCCAGCCUCAUCCCAGCCAGGGUAGGCGGUCCCCACACCUGUCCCUGCACUUUCAGGAUGUAACCCGCCUACCCAGAAACCAGAUCCAGUUCCGCCGGGUCCAGAAACCCAGAAGACAAAGGAGGAAGUUUCUAAGACAGAGGGAGACCAGAAGGCAUCCUUAAGUACCCCUCAGCAGGUUGCAGACACCCCAGAGACCCCAAGAGAGCUAGCAGUUUCUCUUGCUCCCUACCCCACAGCGCUGGAUUCUGAACACAGUCCAGGCAGAUUCAGUAGUGCCCCUUGUGAUGAAGUGGCCUGCAUAGCUGAAAAGCCCCACAGUGCCCCAGCAGGACAGAGUGGCAUUGCCAGAUGACUGUAGCCAUAGUGUGCCAGGUAUUGCCUUAUCCACUUGCUUUAUUGCUGGGCCCUUGUUUUAUUGCUUUAUUGGAGGUGUACCUGUUUGGGCUCUGCCCUGUCUGAACACAGACAGCCCUCUUGUCCUCACCAUCCCACCUCCUCUUAUAGCAGAAUAUUGGGCUCUACCAUGUGCUCCUCAUUCUCUGACUUCUCCAGUCACCCAGAGGCUGCCUCCCUGUGCGUUGCCAGCUGCAUUGCCAUUAGUUGGACAGAGUUCCAUACAGCAGUCCCCUUUCAGAUAUCUGUAUGUCUUCAUAACCACCCCCUCCCCAGAUCCCUCAUUCAGUGUUGGCUAGACUGGACUGGGUCUGCCAUGCCAGCCCUGUUUAGAUCUGUCCCUGGAUGGUAUCUGUACUUAGGCCCCCUUCCCCAUCUUGGCUCUCUGUGACCUUUGUCCUCUGGGCUAGAAUUUAAGGAAGGCUGCAUGGAUGAAGUGGCCACUUUGAUCAUUUAGUACUAGUGGGAUGGCAGAGAAAGAUGCUUCCCUACGGGUAUACCAGCAGCCUGGGACAGCUAGGGAGAUGGGAUACAAGCCUCCUUGCCAGUCUUAACUAAGUUCCAAGCAUUUCCCCCUUCUGUAUAGUAACAUUGUAGUUAACACCUGGUGUUUUCAGAAGUUGGCAUGAAUUUCUGUGUCUCAGUGCCUUUGCCCAUUGUUGCCUUCCCACUUUCUGCUAUUCAGCAUUCCCUGCCUCCCUGCCCACCGUUGGGCAUUGCUGACUCAACACUUAAGCCAUAACACUAUAAAUGACUUGUAUCUUUGGGUAGAUUGUGAGCCUCUAGGGCAGGAGCUCCAUCCUAAUCAGCUUUGUGUCCCUGGUACACAACUGGUGCUCAUUAAACAUGUUAAAUCCA